AACGUUAAGUGGAUUGGGCAUGUGGUGCUGAUGAUAGAAUCACACGUAUGGUUAGUAUUCUGAAGUUCGUGGUAUUUGGAUUCACGAUCAAAUUUGUGUGUUUUGGAGGAUUUUUUACAACGUCGUCUCCUCCUGACAGUAACUAUUGCUUUACCUCUUUCGCUACUACUUCACCUUUGCUGUCAGUCAUGUUACUUGAAUCAGCCAAUCAGCAAGCCGAUCACGUAGCUCCGCCCCUCGACCUCCGCUCGCGCCUACCUUGGUCAGAUUUGGCAAAGUUUUUGUUUUGAAACAGCAAAAUGCCAACAUGAAUCAUAUUUUUCUUUGGCAUGACUGUACAUUGGACACAGAGGUACUCCUGUAACAAAAAUCGUAUUUCUACUUGCCUCUGCGAGAGAACGACAGGCGAUAGUUUAACCCCCUUCCCCCACCAACACAUCGAGCAGCAGCCGGUUGCAGUGUGGUGCAUCUCAUCAGGUUCUUUGUGAGCAGAGCUGAUGUCCGGAACAACGCCAGGGAAGGAACUCAGACUUUCUCACUAGAUUUCUUGGCAUUUCCUCUCCAGUUUUGGGAUUGUUCGCCACAUAACACUCACUGACAGUCCCUAGGAUCUUCUGGAUGGGUGUUCGGCAUAUUUUAUAGUGUUUUUGACCAGUGAGGACACGAGUUUUCUUCCGCGAAAUUCAAGUUUUGUCACAACCAUGCCGCUUCUUCAUCGCAAACCUUUCGUACCCAGGAAACCACCUCCAGAUCUGAAGAUCGACGAGCAGAUUUUCUUCUGUAGACUGACAAAUGAAGUCUUCAGAGACUACGAUGACUUCUUCGAGCGUACGAUGCUAUGUAAUAGCCUCGUAUGGAGUUGUUCACUGACAGGGCGGUCGGGAUUGACGUACCAGGAGGCGGUGGACUCGGAAGAUCGGGCCCGAAAGGUCCUGGAGACGUUCCCCCAGCCUCUCCAGGUGCCCGUGCUGUACCUGGCCGCCCUGACUCGCCGUCCACGCUUGGCAGACGUCUGUGACGACGUCUACGCCUUCAUCAAGGACCGCAUGCUUGUUGGGGAGACAGUGGAGGUUCAAAGGGGUGCCUCAAGAGUGAGCUGUACAGUGCUUCGGGUGAUUCCUCCAGCCUCCCCACCUAAACCUCCUUCAGCUGCCAAUGGGGACUCUGAUGUCAUCGUCAUCAAUGGGGAUGAUUCAGAUGAAGCUGACAGCAGUCCCUUGAGUCCAGGUGGUCACAAGUUUGGUCCAAACCCAGAUCUGUUCCAGUACUGGGUACAGCCACUGGAGGGCACCAACAAGGAACCAUUCAUGGCAAAGGCAGACCACACCUGUCGUAGGAAAGGCCUGUACACACGGGACAAGAACAAGCUGUUCCUCAAGAUGCACUGUGUACCUGGUAACGGCUUCUGGGUGGUCAAGCCAGAGGAUGUGGCCAGAGCAAACCUGAGGACACUGAACUUCAGCCGCUACUGGCCCGGCCCCCUGCCCCAGUUCUCAGCCUCGCCUAUCAAGAACAAGGAACCAAAGAAACGCAGCUUCUCUAGUGAGGGGGAAAGUGCCUCCAGCUCUCAAGACUCACCCAAGAAGAAGAAGAAGCCUGAAGGAGCAAGUGCAGAGAAGAAGAAAAAGGAAAAGAAAAAGGAGAAGAAACAAAAAGAAGCCAAACCAUUGAUGGAGAAACCCCCCAAACUGAGCAAGGAAGAGCGGGAGCAGAUCCAGGCAGAGAUCAAGAAGAAACGUGAUGAACAGAAAGCUGCCAUGAAGGAGGAGCUCAGGAAGAAGAAGGAAGAAGAGAAAGAAAUAAAGAAGAAACAAAAGGAGGCAGAGAGGGUGGCAAGGAUGGAGGCCAUGAGAAAACAGAUGGAAGAAAUGAAGGAACAGAGGAGGAUACAGAAAGAACAAGAGCGUCAGGAGAAGCAGCGUCGGGCAGAUGUCCUGCGGGAAUGGCUGAAGCCUCGUGAUGACAUGGAGUGUGAUGACCUCAAGGAUCUCCCUGUGCCAACUCCUGUGAAGACAAAGCUGCCCACAGAGCUGUUUGGAGACUCUGCGAUGGUCCUGGAGUUCCUGUCUGUCUUUAAGGACUUGCUGGGAACAGAAGAGGAGUUCACAGAUGGGCUGUCUCUCGAAUGGUUGGAGGACAGUAUCUUGGAGACCCGUCCGGAUGGUGGGCUGGCGGACGUCCUGCGUUUCCUGCUGUCCUGCAUCUUCCAGUUCCAGGAUGCGGAGGAUGAGGAGGCUGCUGAUGAAGGGAAGAAGGAGCUGGAGGGAGCGCCGGCGGCCAGCACCACGGAGGGGGUGGAUGAGGACGAAGACCCCACCCUGUCUGCCCUGUCUGCUGCUGCCACCCUCGCAGCUGCCUGGCCAGUCCUGCAUCAAGGAACCUCCCUGCGAGAGCUGCCCCUGGAAGGCACGUCUCUGUCGGAGGUGCUGCGCCUGCACCUGCUGUCCUCCGGUUCCCGCCCAUCCUCCAACCGCGCCAAGUUCUGGUACCAGCAGCGUGGAGGGUACACGCCCACUGACGACCCUGGCAUCGAGUUCAGGAUGAAUGAACCAAAGAUUCUCAAAUCUCUGGCCAAUGGCAAUGUGUUUGACCUGGAGGCGGUGCAGAAGCUGAAGAUUCUGAGCACCCUCUGUAACCAGCUGCUGGUGUACGUGACUGCGCGAGACUUUAUUGACGACCGGUACGAGGAGAUGCGGGCAGCGCAGAAGGAGGUGAAGGCCAGUCAGCUGGCCGAGCGGCAGUGGGAGAGAGAAGUGGCUGCUGAGAGGUUCCGUCGUCGUCAAGAGGAGCGAAUGAAGCAGCGAGAAAAGAUGCUGAAAUUGCAGCAGGAGAGAGAGGAGAGACUCCGCAGGGAAGAGAACAUGCCUGUCAAUGGAGAAGACAAGAAUGACAGUGGUGCCAACAAAACAGCUGACCUGAACACCAGUGGUGACAGCAACAAGGAGAACCUAGGAAAGAAAGGAGAAGAUAAGAAGGUUGAUGAUGAUACGGGAGAGGUGAUGGAGGUGGACAAAUCCCUGUCUGCAGAGGAAGAGGAGGAAAGGAAGAGGAAACAAGAGGAGGAGGAAGAAAGGAAGGAAGAGGAGAGGGAGAAAAAGGAGGAGUUUGAGCAGAAGGAGAAGGAACUGUUAAAGAAGGUUGCCGAAGCUACUGCAAAAUACAGCAUCAUACCACUGGGAAGGGACCGCAGUUACCGCCGCUACUGGGUCUUCCACUCGCUGGGCGGGCUGUUUGUGGAGGACUGUGACGACUCAGUUCCACCUGAGCUGUUAGUUCCCAUACAGCAGAAGUCUAACACAAGCACCACCACUGCUGGGGGCCACCAACAUUCCACACCAAACCUUGCAACCGUCCUACCUCAGAGUGAUCAAAGACUUACGCAAGGACAAACUAACCCUACUGAGCAGGGCCAGAUCAAGGCUGACUCUCAGAAUGAUCAGCCCAUGGACACUGCUCCUGAUGUAGUGGAUCUCACAGCUGAUCCUGAUGUUCAACAGACCACUGCUCCUACCUCCGAGUCUGUGGAAGAUGUGGCUAUGGAGGAAGUGGAAAGUGAUGCAGCUGAUGUGGAAAAAGCAAGUGGUGUAGGGAAGAUACAUUGGGCUUUCUACAGCACCCCUGAGCAGCUGGAAGGUCUGCUGCAGGGUCUAAACACCAGGGGCUACAGGGAGGGGGCUCUACGGGAAAUCCUCUCACAGGAAAAGUCUCGUAUCCAAGAAGCCAUGCAGCAGUGUUCUGUGGAAAGCCUGACGUUUGUUGCAGAACCAGACCCAGUCGAUGUCAAAGUCAGCGUGCAGCCUCCCCGUGCUGCCAAGCAGAAGGCAGCGGCGGUGGCAGACAGUUCAGCGGCUCAGGCCCUGGAGCUGGCUCUGCGGGACCAGAUCCUCACCAUGGAGGACCAGAUAUGGCAGGGAACACUGGGAGCCAUUAAGGUGACUGACCGUCCUGCGUGGAGAGAUGCCAUCGAGCAGGGCUCCUAUGACUGUCAGUGUGAGCAGCUGACCUGGGGGAGUGGGGCCAGACCAUUCCACUUGGAAGCGGGGAACCUGUGUGUCAGCAUAGCUGAAAAUGACAAGCCUGAGGUUAACGGCAAAGUGGUGAACGAACCACCAAUACUGCUGCCAUACAGAAUUGCAGAGUUGAAGCGUUCAGAGACUCCGACCGGUAGCAGCCAGUCCACCACCCCUGACCAUCCUGUAACCACAGUGGUGCGUGAGCUGGCAGCAGCCGUCCUGCAGCUGGAGCAGUGUGUGGAGCGCAGGUUCCUCAAGGACCCUCUUGGCGAGGAUGAGACAACUAAGAAGGCUCUUGGAAAGAUUGACAAGAAGAAUCGCCGAAAAGAUGAUGACAAUGAGAGUGUUGGCACAAAUGACAGUGAAGACACAGACCCAGGCAAGGUGCAGAAGACAGUGUUGGAGCGGUGGGAGGAGUCUCUGAUGUCCUCCACCAGCCUCCCGCAGGUGUUCCUGCACCUGGCCACGCUGGACCGCUCCAUCAUGUGGGCCAAGUCCGUGCUGAACGCUCGCUGCCGGAUGUGCCGCAGGAAGGGAGACGCAGAGAAGAUGCUUCUGUGUGACGGUUGUGACCGGGGUCACCACAUGUACUGUCUUAAACCCCCACUUAAGAAAGUGCCUGAGGGUGACUGGUACUGUCACACGUGUAAACCUCAGAUGCAGAAGCGAGCGGUACCGCAAACACCACGCAGGCGCCGCACGAUGGACAGUGACAGCGAGUCAUCAGACAGAGCAGGAGGACAGUCUGACGAGGAGGAUGAGGAUGAAGAAAGUGAGAGUGAGGAAGAAGAGAGUGAUGAGGAAGAGGAGCAGGAGGACAGUGAUGAAGAGGAGUCUGAGGAGGAGGAGGAGUCAGAAGAAGAAGAGGAAGAGGAGGCUGUGGCUACAGAGAUGGAGCAUGCAGACAUCUGUUCCAUCUGUAGUGACGGUGGUGUGCUGGUGCUGUGUGACACCUGUCCCUGUGCUUUCCACCUGCUGUGUGCAGACCCUCCGCUCAACCGCACCCCACGGGGCAAGUGGCGCUGUCAGUACUGCACAGGCAGGGUACUCAGGGAGCCGGCGAGGACUCGCAGGGGCACCAAAGAUGAGAAGAAGGGAAAAAAGGCUCAAAAACCUGCUGCCAAAUCUCAAGGGAAGGGAGCCAGCAGUCAAGAAGGGUCACGCCCCUCCUCAAGAGCAGAGUCUUCAUCAUCAAGGUCUCGUGCUGAAGCCACCAAUAACAGCCGAUCUAACAGCCGAGCCAACAGCCAGGAAAGGACGACCUCCCGCAGCACCAGGAGGAACAUCCUGCCAGAUCCUGCACCAAGCAGCAAGCCAAGGAGCAACAGCUCCCAGCGCAGUGCAGCCACUCAGAAGCGUGGGACCGUGGACACAGAUGAAGACUCUCAAGACAGCGACAUGUCCAAUGCAAACAAGAGGACACGGCGACAGAAAGUCCUGCAGAGCUCUGGGGACUCUCAGGAAGAAGUGGUACUGGCCACAAGUAAACGUCCUCGAAAAGCUGUGAUAGAGAGCUCAGAAGAGUCUUCAGCAUCAGAUGUGAAGUCGGCCAAGACAAGGGCUAAGGAAAUCAAGAAACCUGAACGCACUUCAAUGAGUCAGAUCAAAGUCAUCAGUGCCACAAAGGACAAGGACAACAGGAGACGAUCACAAGAUGCCAGUUCCAGCAGCAGACGCCCGUCAUCCCCGCGUGUUCCUGACACGAGGAGGGAGUCUGGGUCGAGCCGACGCCUGUCCUCAGGUCUGCGCGGAGGAGAGGAGAUCGGCUGGACCACCAAGUGUGAGACCCUCCUGACAGAACUGGUCAAACAUCAGGACGCCUGGCCCUUCAUCAAACCGGUCAGCAGGAAGGAGGCACCAGACUACUACAAGCUGGUCAGGAAGCCCAUGGACCUCAGUACACUACGCACAAACUUCAACCAGAUGGUCUACAAGACUGCCGCUGAGCUCCUGGCUGAUGCACGGCUUGUCUUCUCCAACUGUGAGCAGUACAACCAACCACACGCCACUGAGGCACGAUGUGGCCGCCGCCUGGAGCUUUACUUUGAAACACGUGUGAAGGAACUUAAGUUAGAAACGCCUCAACAGAAGAAGCUAAUAUGAAGUUUGUACCUUUAAGUGGCUACAGGAAUGGAAGAAGUUGACUGUAUAAAGUGGAAUGGUUACAUAAUCACAGAUACCUCAGAGGCUGUGGCCUAUAUCUUAUGCAUUUAUGAAUGCUGUCAAAAAGCUCACAGAUGAUUAUUUGUUUUUGAGUGAUAUCAAUUUAUUUCCUUGCUCUACAGACCCUUUGGAAUGAAGUUAGAUGGCUUGUAGGAAAUGUACUCUGAAACUGUGUGUUGGAAAUUUUUCAUAUCCUUUCCUUUUUGCAAGUAGAGGGCUGUGAACAGAGUAAAAAGAUUGGUAUGACUAAAACUGAAUGUGCUAAGUGUGGAUUAUCUCGAGAGACAGAAACAUGAAAGUUGAUAUAACCCUUUUAGUGGGUUGGCCUAAGAAACUAUACAGAGAUAUGACUAAAUGUUUAUAUUAUUGAUCAGUAGAUUUUGAUGCUGUGGAGUCCAAGUCAAGUGAGAAUGAAGCUCAGAAGAUGCAGGAAUACAAAAUUAACUGGGUCACUUUGCUAUACAUGCACAUGUAUAACAUGCCUGUGUUUUCGUACAUCAUGAUAAGCCAGUUGAUGAGAUGAUGUUGGUGUGGGCCUAUCCUCACUUUUCUCUACUUACAAUCACAACACUGGUGCAGCUAUCAGUCAAUUUUUCAACCAAAGUGUACAGAUCAACAUAUGUGUUUGUGGAAAGACAUCCAAGUCCUCUGAGCUGUGGAAGCAACUUUGCAUUUGAAGAAGUUCCUACCUAGCACCCAAUACAUGUGUACCAUUGUUUCCCCUACCAAUGACUGUCCAACUCCAGGGUACCCACCAUUAGUGAAAUGGUGGCUACCUUCUUUAGGAGUGAUAAUCUUGUUUGAAAUGAGACAAGUUUGGAACAUGUAAGAUUUUUUACCAGUUAUCACCCUUCCUAUAAACAUCCACAACACUGCACCACCAUACUGUCUUUUGAUACUACUGUGUAGUUGUCACUGUCUUUGCUGUGUUACAUGAUCAAGAUGAUUGUAUUUGUAAAGCUGCCAGUGAAUAAAAGUGCAUCAAUUUU